AUGGCCAAGUAUCGUGUUUACAACCGUCGCCAGCAGGGUCUCGCCGAGACAACCCGGUUGAUCCUUGAGAUCAGUGGUGCGGAGUAUGAGAACGACUGGGACAAAGAAAAGGGAUCAACUCCGCUUGGACAAUUACCCGUUCUCCAUGUCCAAAAGAGUACCGGCGAAUGGGAAUCCAUUGCCGAAAGUUCCGCCAUAGAGCGUUUCCUCGCUGCAGACCUCGGGCUCCUCGGUUCAAACCCGAUAGAAGCAGCCGUGCUAGACAUGUACCAUGCAGCCUGGGGCGAUAUGAUUGCCAUGUUUAUGUGGAAGGUGUGGCGGGCAAGCAAUGAUGAUUCAAAGCAGCGCGGCGCUACAGAGUUCUGGGGUUUGUUCCCUAAGUUUCUGGAGGUACAUGAGAAUAUACUUGCAAUUAGGGGUCCGUUUUAUGGAGGCGAAGAGCCCUCAUUGCCAGACAUUUACGCCUUUACUUGGCUGAAUCGUUUCAUAACUAAGUGGAUUCCGUCCCCCGUCGACUCUAUCACUGAAGAGAAGUAUCCACGAAUGUGGGCGCUUUGGAAAAGCAUUAGGGAGAAUGUUAAGAUCAAAGAUUAUAUUGAGAGUGGGCGGUGGCAGCUCAAAGAGUAA